UCUAGGAUCCUGCACUGCGACCGAACAGUCAUCAGACCAGGCGAAUUUGGCAGUAGCUCUGUAAAAAGUCGCGUCGUAGUUCCGUCUCCGCUCUGCCGUCAGCCCAGGUUCAUAUACACGUACUGCCACCUCUUAUCCCCUCUUACGUUUCUGGUUGACUCGCUUCGUCACUAGUUAUUUCUAGUCGCCGGGGACAUCGGCAGCACCCGCUCUCUCGCCACUUUGCACCCGUCACCACCGUGUCAUUGUAGUAUCCGGUAUUAAAAUCUAAGCCUCCCAACCGCACAGCAGUCCGUAGCCUCCACGAGCGCCACUCGUCCGCACCCGAUCGCGCAACGCGGAAUCGCGGCAGGAUGGUGAAAGUGACGAUGAUAGCGCGGGCGACGGACGGCUUGCCGCUGGCUGAGGGGCUGGACGACGGGCGCGAGCAGCGCGAGGUGGAGGUGUACAAGCAGCAGGCCAAGGCGCUCUUUAAGCGCCUGUCGCAGGGCCUCCCCCAGGCGUCGCGCAUGUCCAUCGAGACCGGCCCCUUCUUCUUCCACUACAUAGUGGAGGGCGGCGUGUGCUACCUGACGCUGUGCGAGCGGUCGUACCCGAAGAAGCUGGCGUUCCAAUACCUGGAGGAGCUGCAGCGCGAGUUCGAAAAGGUCAACCGCUCCCAGAUCGAAACCGUCGCGCGCCCCUACUACUUCAUCAAGUUCGACACGUUCAUUCAGAAGACGCGGAAGCAGUACCUGGACACGCACACGCAGCGCAACAUCGACCGGCUGAACGACGACCUUAUAGAGGUGCAGCAGAUCAUGACGCGCAACAUCCAGGACGUGCUCGGCACCGGGGAGAAACUCGACCAUCUGACGCAGGUGUCGAGCCGGCUGUCCACGGAGUCCAGUGCGUACGCCAAGAAGGCCAAGCAGCUCAGCCAACAGGCUCUUCUGAGAAAAUGGGCGCCCAUUGCCAUCAUAGUGCUUGUGGUCGUCAUGGUCUUCUAUGCGCGCCGCCUCUUCUACUCGUGAUCCACUCAUUCAUGCGCCUGCCACCACCAUGCACCAGCAGCUCAGAGUCCCUUUAGCCUAUAUCCUGCAUUUUCCAGGCCAUACGUUGUGGUAAGGAGUGUAAUCAUUCGGACCUGUGCUGAGGGGAAGUUGUUUCCUAGGCCUUGGCAAAUUUCAGCUCACUGUAGUCAGUUGAUGUUCGGUGUGACGGAGGAGAAUGUGGCAUCUGGGGCAUUCGACACAUGGGAGUGGAGCUGACAGCAGGCAGCAAUGACCUUCUUCGCUGGAAUGUGCGUUACACCUGGCCCGCGUUAGUUUAAGGGGUGAAAUUGGGCGGAAGCUACAGUUUUUCCGCCUCCUGGCCGUUUUUGGGGCAGCAGAGAGCAUUUCCGUGUUCAUAAGGGGCUGUCAGAAAUAUUAGAAUAUGUGACGUCCUAGGACGUCAAGAGAAGGCCAGUACGGUAACUAUUAUGGUUGAAUAUAGUGA